AUGUCGUCUACGUACUAUACACGUGGUGCGGCAGGCUCUAAACACCCGACCAAGAUAUUUGAAGAUUGUGUUACUGGCGAGGAACUUGAGGAGGCUCUACAGCACGACCCUAAAUUACACCAGCAGUGUGAUGGAAGAAUCAAUAACAUUACUUUCAAUACAGAUUCGACAGACAUAUGGAAAAAGGUAAUAGUGGACUUUUUCGGAAGUGAAAAUACAGAAAGCUUACCCAGCCAAAACAAAAGAGAUACACUAGAGCUUCAACCAGAUGAUAUAAUCACAGAUCAACCUCAAAAUGAUAUGAACACUUGUGAUUCCAGUGACACAGUUACUUCUUGUGAUGCUAACAACAACAGAAACACAAGUCAGAUAAUAGACUCUGUAAAAGAGUCUGUGAACAAAUUUGAACUUAGUGCAAGUCGUAUAGAGAAUGUCGUAGUGAAGGCUAUCGGUGACCUCAUAAAGAAUAGUCAGAAUGGCAUUUAUUGCCUAAUCAAGCAAACAGAAGGCCAGAUUGCAAAAACAUUGAAAAUAUUAGUUGAAAAUUCCAACAGCAACCAACCAAAACAAACACCUGACCAAGUGUUAGCCCUGAAAACAGAGCUUUCACAAGUAAAGGCAGAAAAUCUUGUGUACAAGGAAGAAAUUGAUGGAAUAAGGAAGAGACAUGCCAGAGAGCUGAGAGAAAUGGAGGCCAAAUAUACACAAAUGAUCAACUCGUGUGAUAAAGAGAGAGAAUGGAAGAAGAAACAUUGUCUCUCAAGUUACAUAUGCAGAAUCAAUUACAAGAUCACACCACGGAAAUGGUUCAAGUUGCAUCAAAGAAACCCAACACUGACGAAAACGAUGGAAAGCGUAAAGAAAAUGGCAGAAAAACCUAAAGUACUUCUUAUUGGGACUUCAAAUGUUCACAAAAUAAAGGAAGAAAAGUUGUCAACACAAUUUGACACUAUUAAGAGAAUAGCAUACACUCUGGAAGAUACACAUGACGAAAUAAAGAAGUUCACAGAGACUCCAGACUGCAUUGUUCUACACUCAUUAACAAAUGAUGGAAAAACCAAGCAUGCAGUACAAUGCACACAACAGCUGGAGGAAAUUAUUAACUCCUGCAAAUCAAAGUGGACUAAUAUUAAGGUUGUGCUUUCAUUGGAAACUCCUAGACUUGAUGAUAAACAUUUAGAUGCUAAGAUGCAGACCAUCAAUGCAGCAGUGGUCAUGAAGUUCAUGGAGGACCCUCAUGUUACCCUAUCACAUAAUACAAACUUAACAAACAAUGGUAUUCCACUUACAAAUUUACUGGAACAGGAUGGAUAUCAUCUAUCAAAGCAAGGCACUGCAAGACUGGCUGCAAACUUAAGGAACACAGUGUUUUCGGUACUAGAGAUUCACCAGUUACCUUCACAGAGAAAUAAUGGCGCGAGGUUUGGCAAACGGAACACCAAAUAUUACGGUAAUUACAGAAACGCGAACCAAUGGAACACCAGUCACCACAACUUCAGAUACAACCCUGGAUACGACAAUUUCCGUGACUAUGGAUGGAACAACUACCAUGACAGGAGACAAGGCCAAUGGAAAUAUUGACCCAUCCC